ACUCUAAUCCACCCCAUUUAUUGCGGGUAUUAGUCCCCAGGUGAGAAAAACAUAAGGAAUUGUGUGAUUAGAUGAAUAAAUACAAGCUAUAAAAUUAAGAAAAAGGAGGAAAAAAAGUUUGAUUUCAGAAUGUAACUACAGAUUCCAACCAACACGAUUUAUAUUGAGAUGAAUCAAAGGCUUUUGCGAACAUUUUGUUGGUCUGUACUUUCCGUAUUGAACUCCUAACUCUGGCUAUUGAAACGGCCAGCCCCGCUUCGCACGUCAUGGGGAGUGUGAUCCCUGAACGCAUCACCAUCACCAGUGGUGGCCAGUGAAUGCAGCAACAGGUUGGAGGUGUACCCUCCAAGUUUAGAUCUUUGAAUUGUCUUUUUGCACUUGUUAAUUUGAGUGCGACGUCCCACUCCAUUGUAGAGACCGUUUUUAAAUCACCCACCAGGCUGUGAAAGUGGACCGCGAGGAUGUUAUACACCGCUCUUUUUCUCGCGGCUCUGGCAGCGCUCACGGGCGGCUGCCAGCUCCCGUCCGAGUGGCGGCCGCUGAGUGAGGGCUGCCGGGCGGAGCUGGCGGAGAUCAUCGUCUACGCUCGGGUCCUCGCCAUCCACCGGGAGCCGCCGCUGGGGAGCCUGUACAACUCGCUGCCAUUCGGCUUCAGCUACGGCUACGAGGGAGCGGAGGAAGGGCUGCUUUACUCUGCGGAGGUGGAGCUGCUGUGCGAUCAGGCCUGGGGGAGCAUGCUGGAGGUCCCCGCGGCGUCCAGGCUCAACCUGACCGGACUGGGUUACCUGUCCUGUCACUCCCACACUGUGAUGGAGAACUACUCCUACUUCUUCUUCCUCAGGAUGGACGAGAACUACAACAUCCUCCCACACAGCGUCAACUUCCAGGACGCCAUCUUUCCUGACACGCCAGAGAACCGACGGACCUUCUCCAGUCUCUUCCAGUUCUCCAACUGUACGCAGGGCAGUCAGCCAUUCCACACCUUCAGCCCGGAGUGGGACAUACAGGAGGACAGCAGGCUGCUGUGUUCGUCAGUCCAGGCCGCGCUCUUUGAGGAGGAGGACCGAGGACGGAAGAUGCAGGAGCGCCUGGAGGUGGCGGAGAGGAGGAACCGGCAGUUGAAGGAGCGGGUUCGGAAGGUGAAGCGCUCCCUGAGGAACGCUCGCAAGGCCACCAGGAAAGCCGAGCUGGAGGCGCAGGAGCUGAAGGAGAAGCUGAAGGCUGCUGAGCGACGGGCGGGACAUCACCUCAACAGUAUCACGCAGGAGGAGGCAUCACCAGCCAUUCGCCAUCAGAUACGUCAGAAGAUGCAGCUGCGAUGAGACUUUGGGAAGAACAUGGGUGACUGCUGGGCGGUCACGAGUCAAGGACAGGCGUCAACACAAUUCACAAUCCACCUACUCUUUGAUGUAGAUUGAACUUCAUUCUGUGUGUACACCAAUCUUAUCUGGAACUGGAAUCAGACAGAGUGAGAUGCUAAUGCUGCGCUUUUAUACUUCACUUCUGUACGUUAUUCCACUGCAGGUGACACUAUCUGUUAGUUCCUUGUUUAUCACUCACUGCCACUGGGAGGUAAUGCUGGCAUCAAAGAAAGAAAGAAGGGGAGCUAAAGAGAGGUCCUAGCGAAAAACAGAAAAAAACAAUGUAUGAUUAAAAAGGGGUAAGCUAUACUUAAAGCAAGGCACCAAUCGGGAAAUUAGUAUUGUAAAAAAAAUAAGUCGACAUUAGAUGCAAAAAAAUUGACGGAUAAAUGGGUUUACUGUAGCAAUAAAAACAGUGAAUAUCAUGUCUGCAAAAGCCUAUUGCAUUUGAGGUAAUUUAUUUAUUUAUUGUUCGGUUAGUUUUCUGUGCUAAUUACUUCUGUUUUUCUGAGUAAUGUAUUUUUUGGGGUUUUCUGUCCUGUUAUUCAAGCUAUUUUUUCCCCACCAUGUUUUUUUUUUCUUUUUGAAUAAUUAAUAUUUUUCCUCAGUUAUGAAGAUACUUCAUACCAUUCCAUUAAUUACAGAGCAAGAUCAACAGAACCAAACUUGACAGGCUUGUUUUGUUUGGUUGAGUUAUACUUUGAUAUAGGGUUCAAACACAGGUCGACAUCUCUAGAUCUAAGAAGCAUUGAUGCCGUCAACUCAGAAAAACAGAAAUAGUUAGCCCAAAGAGCAAACCAAAAAAUAAAUUACCUGAAAAAAAGAGUGUUUUUUUUCGUCAAGUGAAUGCAAUAAGCUUCCGUACAUGAUAGCUACACUGUACUACCAGAGUAGCACGGUUGCUAGCUUAAGUAUAUACAUCCGUCUUCAGUUAACUAGAGCUUAGUCCUGUUCAGGAUUGUGGGCAGGACACACACACCAUUCACACAGUACAGUAACUGAAGAAAAAAUGUUUUUUUUCUACUCGGUUGAUGUUGGAAACUGUUAUUAAAGUUGAGAAAAUGUGGACAAUAGAAAUUCUGAAACUGCAAAACGGUUGUUACUUUCUCAAUGCUACUUCAUAGCUGUGUAGCACUGUUUUGCUAAUGGCUACCUUUGGGAUUUCUCCACACCAUAGCUAAAUAAUUCGAGGUGUCUGCACUUCUGUCAUUUUGUGCCAAUUCAAUGGCAAAUAUUUUUUCAAAUUUCAAAUUAUACAUGUAGAAAUCAUUACAACAGUAUUCUGCUGCCAUUUUUCACUUGAGUAUUUCUGUGACACACAAACAACCACGCAACAGAGAAACUGGAAACAUUUGUUUGAAUCUUAAAUGUUCAUUUAGCAUCUCUGUGUUCAUAGUAAUGAUAUAUGUGAUUGCCUCUUUGAAUAUUUUUAUAUACAUAAAG